GAAAAGAAAACAGUACAAACAGUCAUUCACACACACACACACCCACACGUACACACUCUCGCGCAGGGUGAUUGUGUACAGAAGGGGGAAGAGCACAAAAGAAAAAAGAAGAAACCGCUCGAGAAGGAGUGUUUUAUCGGACAUUCCAGUAAAACAGAUAGGAAAAAUCCACGUAUCGUCACAGAAAGUGCAUUCAGCGAGUGAAGUUAGCUCUAGCUCGUAGCGCAAAGUGUGCAGAUGUGUGCAUUUUCGUACGCAGCUCGCCUUCUGCCGUAGCAUUAGCACCAAUCAAUACUUAUCGCCAUCAGCAUCAUCAUCAUCGUCAUCAACAUCAGCAUCAUCAUCGUAAGCAAACAGCAGCAGCAACAGCAACUUCAACCAAAGCAUUAGUCAUAUUUACACCUUCCUGAACGCAUCCAGCAUCACACCCCGGACCGCGAUGGCCCAGGAGAAGAUCACGCUCGCGGACGCGCUGUCGAACGUGGAGGUGCUGGACGAGCUGCCGCUGCCGGACGAGCAGCCCUGCAUCGAGGCGCAGCCCUGCUCCGUCGUCUACCAGGCCAACUUCGAUACCAACUUCGAGGAUCGGAACGGUUUCGUGACCGGGAUCGCCAAAUACAUCGAGGAGGCGACCACCCAUGCGAAUCUGAACCAACUGCUCGAUGAGGGACAGAAGCAUGCGGUUAUGCUCUACACCUGGCGGUGCUGCUCGCGCGCCAUACCGCAGCCGAAAUCGAACGAGCAGCCGAACCGGGUGGAAAUCUACGAGAAAACGGUCGAGGUGCUCAGCCCGGAAGUGAACAAGCUGCUUAACUUCAUGUACUUUCAACGGAAAGCGAUAGAGGCAUUCUCCGGCGAGGUGAAGCGGCUGUGCCACGCGGAAAAGCGGAAAGACUUCGUGUCCGAGGCGUACCUGCUGACGCUCGGCAAGUUCAUCAACAUGUUUGCCGUGCUGGACGAGCUGAAGAACAUGAAGUCGAGCGUGAAGAACGACUACAGCACGUACCGGCGGGCGGCCCAGUUUCUCAAGGUGAUGACGGACUCGCACAGCCUGCAGGAGUCCCAGAAUCUGUCGAUGUUUCUCGCGACGCAGAACAAAAUCCGCGACACGGUGAAGGACACGCUGGAGAAGAUCGUCGGGUACGAGGAUCUGCUGUCGGAGGUGGUGAACAUCUGCGUGCACAUGUACGACUCGAAGAUGUACAUGACGCCGGAGGAGAAGCACAUGCUGGUGAAGGUGAUGGGGUUCGGGCUGUUUCUGAUGGAUUCGGAGAUUUGCAACAUCAACAAGCUCGACCAGAAGAAGAAGCUGCGGCUCGACCGGAUCGAUCGGAUCUUCAAGAAUCUGGAGGUGGUGCCGCUGUUCGGCGACAUGCAGAUCGCACCGUUCAACUACAUCAAGCGUAGCAAGCACUUCGAUCCGAGCAAGUGGCCCCUGUCCAGCUCGACCGCGAUCAGUCCGCAGGCGGACCUGAUGGUGCACCUGCCGACGAUCCGGGAGGACCACGUGAAGUACAUCUCGGAGCUGUCCCGGUACAGCAACGAGGUGACGACGACGUACAAGGACAAUGCGACCGACGGGGAGAACAAGUCGACGGCCGAUCUGGCGCUGCGCGGCCUGCAGCUCCUGUCCGAGUGGACCUCGGUCGUGACCGAGCUGUACUCGUGGAAGCUGCUGCACCCGACCGACCACCACCAGAACAAGGAGUGCCCGGCCGAGGCGGAAGAGUACGAGCGGGCGACCCGGUACAACUACACCGAGGACGAGAAGUUUGCGCUGAUCGAGGUGAUCGCGAUGAUCAAGGGGCUGCAGGUGCUGAUGGCCCGCAUCGAGACGGUGCUGUGCGAGGCGAUCCGGCGCAGCAUCUACGCCGAGCUGCAGGACUUUGUGCAGCUGGUGCUGCGCGAGCCGCUGCGCAAGGCGGUCAAGAACAAGAAGGACCUGAUCCGGUCGAUCGUGAUGUCGGUGCGGGAAACGUGCGCGGACUGGCAGAAGGGCACGGAACCGUCGCAGGAUCCGGCGCUCAAGGGGAAGAAGGACCCGGACAGCGGGUUUGCGAUCAACGUGCCGCGGCUGAACGUGGGCCCGUCCUCGACGCAGCUGUACAUGGUGCGCACGAUGCUGGAAUCGCUGAUAGCGGACAAGUCGGGCGGGAAGCGCACGCUGCGGAAGGACAUCGAUGGGUCGUGCCUGUCGCAGAUCGACGCGUUCCACAAGGCGUCCUUCUACUGGACGUACCUGCUGAGCUUCAGCGAGACGCUGCAAAAGUGUUGCGAUCUGUCGCAGCUGUGGUACCGGGAGUUCUACCUCGAGAUGACGAUGGGCAGAAAAGUAAACAAAUGUACCGUUCGCCACCAGCACAACGAAGAGUGUAGCGAUCUGAUCACGAUGGAGAAGCGCAUCCAGUUCCCGAUCGAAAUGUCGAUGCCCUGGAUCCUGACCGACCACAUACUGCGCACGAAGGAACCGUCGAUGAUGGAGUACGUCCUCUACCCGCUCGACCUGUACAACGAUUCCGCCCUGUACGCGCUCACCAUCUUCCGCAAGCAGUUCCUGUACGACGAGGUGGAGGCGGAGGUGAACCUCUGCUUCGACCAGUUCGUGUACAAGCUGAGCGAGCAGGUGUUUGCGCACUACAAGCAGCUGGCGGGUAGCAUCUACCUGGACAAGCGGUUCCGCGUCGAGUGCGAGGUGCUCGGGUUCAACUUCCAGUCCUACCCGCGCAACAACCGGUACGAGACGCUGCUGAAGCAGCGGCACGUCCAGCUGCUCGGCCGCUCGAUCGAUCUGAACAAGCUGAUCACGCAGCGCAUCAACGCGGACAUGCAGAAGAGCCUCGAGCUGGCGAUCUGCCGGUUCGAGGCGAGCGACAUUACCGGCGUGGUCGAGCUGGAGGCACUGCUGUCGGUGAACAAGCUGUGCCACAAGCUGCUGUCCAAGUGGCUCGCGCUGGACGACUUCGACGCGAUGCUGAAGGAGGCGAACCACAACGUGCUCGCACCGUACGGGCGCAUCACGCUGCACGUGUUUGUCGAGCUGAACUACGACUUUCUCGCCAACUACUGCUACAACGCGGCCACCAACCGGUUCGUGCGCAACAAGCUGCAGAUCGCGUUCUCGGGGCCGAUCACGCGCGAAAAGGCCCCGGUCAUGUCGCACUACUACCUGUGGGGGUCGAAGCCGCUGAACGCGGCCUACUCGACGCAGUACAGCCAGUACAACGGGUUCGUCGGGGCGCCCCACUUCCACGCGAUCUGCCGCCUGCUCGGCUACCAGGGCAUCGCGGUGGUGAUGGAGAUCAUACUGAAGGACAUCGUGAAGCCGCUGGUGCAGGGCAAUCUGCUGCAGUUCACCAAGACGCUCAUGUCGGCGAUGCCGAAGUGCUGCAAGCUGCCGCUGUGCGACUACGGUUCGCCCGGCGUGCUGAGCUACUAUCAGGCCCACCUGGUCGACAUCGUGCAGUACCCGGACGCGAAGACGGAGCUGUUCCAGUCGUUCCGCGAGAUGGGCAACUCGCUGCUGUUCUGUCUGCUGAUCGAGCAGGCCCUGUCGCAGGAGGAGGUGUGCGAUCUGCUGCACGCCGCCCCCUUCCAGAACAUUCUGCCCCGGCCGUUCUGCAAGGACGGCGAGAAGCCGGAGAGCAAGCAGAAGCGGCUGGAGGCGAAGUACGCCUCGCUGCAGAUCGUGCCGAACGUGGAAAAGCUCGGCACGGCAAAGCAAGCGAUGAUUGCCCGCGAAGGGGACCUGCUGACCCGCGAACGGCUGUGCUGCGGGCUGAGCAUUUUCGAGGUCAUUCUCGGGCGGGUGAAAUCAUUCCUGGACGAUCCGAUCUGGAUGGGACCGCCACCGAUCAAUGGCGUGAUGAACAUUGACGAGUGUUCCGAGUUUCAUCGCCUCUGGUCGGCGCUACAGUUCGUCUACUGCAUCCCGGUGGCGGGCACGGAAUACAUGGUUGAAGAGCUGUUCGGCGAAGGGCUUCACUGGGCCGGCUGCACCAUUAUCGUGCUGCUCAACCAGCAGCGCAAGUUUGAGGCGCUCGACUUCUGCUACCACAUCCUGCGCGUGCAGCGCGUCGACGGCAAGGACGACACGGUAAAGGGAAUCAAUCUGAAGCGCAUGGUCGAUCGCAUCCGCCGCUUCCAGGUGCUCAACUCUCAGAUCUUUGCCGUGCUGAACAAGUAUCUGAAGAGCAACGACAUCGAGGGCUCGAACGUGGAGCACGUGCGAUGCUUCCCGCCACCGCCCCACCCGAGCGUGGCGCCCUCGCACUACCACGAUCCGAACAAGCUGCGGGCGCAGUAAAUCGCGGGCCACGAUGCCAACUUUGCAUUAGGCGGAAUGGUAACAUCGUCUAAGCCGAGUGGGGGGAAACAGCGGAAGCGCACGUGAAGGGUAAAGGAAUUUUCCCGGUUUGCAUUUUGCAUCCCCUUCCCCCGUUCGGCUGACCGUUUGUUUUUCCAACUGAGAUUGUAGUUUUUCGUUGAUGCUUUAUUUCGCAUUUACAUUGAUGCAUACGCCUCUCGUUGUGCGUGCACUCGCACACGCGCAAUCAACACGUGUUAAUUCAAUUACGCUAGUUUACAUACUUUUAUAUUGUUUGCACGUCGAUGGAACCAGCGCCAUCUACGACAGCUAUUCGUGUACGAUUCAUAUUUAUAUAUAUAAUGCUGCGGUAAUAUUAUCAUUACACAAAGAAAUAGAAAACCUAUACGUAUCAGAAUUAAACACACAAAUGGGUAAACGAACAACAAAAAAUACAUCAUUAAGGCUCGCGAGAAACUUUAGCGCGCAGAGUUCCAGUCCGGUUUAGAGCGGUUACGUGUUUUCAGUUUUAAUUCAUUUUAUGUUUAACAUUUUAUCUCUCCAUGGAGGCUGUACUGGUUGCACCCGCAACAGCAGUUCCCUUGCUUAGGAUUUGUUCACCAAAUCAGCUCUUUUUUUUUUGUGUGUUAAGUAGGUUAAGACACUGCUAGCGAUUAAGUGAAGGUAAAAAGGAAAGGAAUUACGGGGGAAGCGGCGGUUCCGUGGUACAGUCGUACUCGCCGGACCGUCCACCCGCUAGCAAGGCCUGCAAAGGCCGGCAUGUUCGCGUAGGACGGUUACGCCAAAUAGAGGAAGUAGAGGAAAGGAAAGGAAAGACACCAAAUCCUUCCCGACGUUCAUCCGCCGGAAAGCAAGUCCGACGGGAUGCGAAGGGAAUUACAUCGCAAACAUAAAUUAACACAAAAUAAAACGUAGCGUAACGGGCGAAGGAUGCGUUUCGCUAAAAUCGGCCGUCGGUAGGCGCUUCCAUACACAAAUGAAAUGGCCAAAUUUCAUGCUUCACAUACUGGCGUCGCAACGCCGGCAAGGGGAGACAGAGAGAGAGAGAGAGAGAGAGAGAGAGAGAGAGAGAGAGA